AUGUCUCCAGUACACAUACCUACCAUACUCAGAUGGCCCAUCUUAUCUAGAAUUAUUGCAGUCUUUCCACGCUAUCUCUUUGUCUUUACGACCAAAGAUUGUUUGUUUCAAUAUGACUUUGCAAGUGGCGGCGUUUGUGGCAUUGUCUUGGGUACAUAUCUAAUGGGCCGGGAGCGUUUUGCGUUGACGCAUGUGGCUCAUGUGGCUCAUGUGAAAUUCGCCGUCAUGGCAAAAUUCCUUCCCAUCCCAUCAUCCCACUCGGCCGCGUCCCUGGUCCACGUCGGCGGUCGUCCGCUAGACCGCCGUUGGGUCUGGGAGUUUGUCCGUGUUAGCGAGUGCGAAGAGCGGCAUUCGUCAUCUCGCACUAAGGUUGUCAGACCCUCCCAAACUGCCCUUCAAAGCCGUCAAUUGUCCCGGCUCGUCGGUGACAAGGUUGUCCCUCCUCUUCGCUUGGCGUACUUUAGCUUCCGUUCCGUGUGGCUUUAUUCGUACACUACGUACGAAGUACAGACGUGUUGUUCUCAGUGA